CCGGAGCUAUAUGACACUACGUGUCUACUCUACAGAGACCGCAACAAAAAGGAGCAGGCUUGGGUGAAAGCCGCCGAGGAGACUGAUCUACCUGUGGAACAAUGUCGAAAGAAGUGGAAGAGCCUCAGGGACACUUAUUUAAAGGAAAGGUGGAAGGAGACAGAAAAAAAGAGCGGGGCAGCGGCAGGGCCAGUGAAGAGGUGGAAGUACUCUGCGGUCCUUUCUUUCCUCGACCCCUUCAUAACCCCAAGGGAGACCAGCGGGAACAUGGGUCGGGGGUCGAGGAUAGGGCCGCAGGGUACAGAGAGUCGGAAGCAGGGCCAGUCGAGGACCGGGGAGACGCAGCAGGCCCCUCAGGGAUUGAGUCCGGAGACCACCCAGCACAAGACUCUCCCAGCAGCAGUGACACUGAAGCUGCUCCUGCUGCCUCUCCCGCUGAUGGCCCUGCUAAUGGCUCUUCUUCUGGCCUUGCCACUGCCCCUGCUGCUGCUGCUGCUGCUGCACGAGGGAGAGCACCCAACGUGACGAGGAGGGCCAGGAAGAGAGGGAGGGAGGACGGAGAGAUGCCCAGGCAGAGCCAAAUUGAGGAGCUGCUCCUGGAGGCCCUCAAGAGGCAAGCGCAACCAGGUCCACCUGCUCCCCCUGAUCCUCCUCGUCAACCUCCCUCAGAGGAUGAAAUGUUCCUCCUCAGCCUGGUUCCUUCCCUGCAGAGAUUGUCGCCCCAGCGGAAGGAGUAGGGAUGGGAAUUGAUAGGAUUUUAUUGAUGUCAAUGCCAUUAUCGAUUCUGCUUAUCAAUCCGAUUCUUUAUCGAUUCCCUUAUCGAUUCCUCCUGUGAAUUAAUGAUAUCACCUCCUGUUGUUUGAAACCAAAGACAUCUGCUUUCAUAACGUUUUAUUAUGAACCUUAAAGCCAUGGUCUAGUUCAGAAAGACGAUGAGAAAGAUUUGAAAAAAAGCACAAUCCCGGCCCACAGCCUGAGUGUGUCAACACCACACAGCUAGUGCAGCUAACUCAGGUGAGGCAGCUAACGCAGCUAGCCCAGCAUAUUAUAACAACAAAUGGCGUGCAAAUCAACUCAACUGCGGUGUUCCCAUGAAAUCCGACAACAGGAGCAGGGACGUGCCGAGGCUCCACAGCGGGCUAGCAGCUCCAGUGAGGCUAACAACAACAGCGUCCUGCCGCCGUGUACCUGGAGCGGGGAUGCGCGAGGCUCCACAGUGGGCUAGCAGCUUCAGGGAGGCUAUUAACAGCGUGAAGUGAAGCCACGGCUUUGACCGCUUCUGUCUCUCCGCCAUUACGUCCUCUUUGUUGUUGAACGUGCUGCUGACUGACGAGCAUAGAUUCGGCGUAAUGAAAAUAAUCGAUAAGGGAAUCGUUAAGCAUAAAGGCUAAUGAUGUCGAUGAAUUGAACCAGUAUGUGAAAUUUAACAUACACAAAUUAAUUUUUGAAGCCAGCCCUGUUAUGCUAAAUUUUGAACAAAGUGAGUAGCUUUUUAGCUAAUGGUGCAACAAUCUCUGCAGGGAACGAACCAGGCUUUUCAGUUUUUUAAAAAUAGGUGUCCCUGAGGCCUCCAUUUCAGAUUGUUAAUCACCCAA